AUGGACUACGCGGAGGGGGGCGACCUGGCCACGGCGAUCCGGGAGUGUCUGGACUCGGAGGCCAUGCUGCCGCAGAGCUGGGUGCAAGAGCUCUCCCUGCAAGUGGUGUCCGCCCUGGACUACAUGCACUCCCGGGGGGUGAUACACUGCGACCUGAAGCCUGGAAACACCAUGCUCCUGACGCCCUUUAUCCUGGGCGAUGCGUUGGCUGGCGCGUCCAAGCCGCAUGCCCUGCUGGUCGACUUUGGGUUGGCAGAGAUUUUUGACGAGACCGCGGCCGUUGGGGGCCCCGCAACGGUCAAGGGAAGCCCAGCCUACCUCUCACCCGAAGGGUUUGACGGGAAGCUGACACAGAAGAGUGAUACCUGGGCCUUGGGCGUCAUGCUCUAUGAGAUGCUCGUGGGCACAAGGCCAUUCAGGGGCACCAACAACAUUUUUGUCCUUUACUGCCAGGUGGCGAAUACUGAGCCGGGCUUCGACCAGAUCCCGGAGGUCCCGCAGUCCCUGGUCCGUGCGCUCAUGGAGAAGAACCCCGCAAGCCGGUGGUCUGCCCGGCAGUGCUUCGCGCACGAGUGGUUCAAGGUGCAGGAGUUCGACACCUCCCUGGUGGUGCCCAACUCCUUGGGCCAGCAGGUGAGCUACUUCCACCGGGCCGUGACCUUUUGCAUGGCAUCUGCCAUGGGCAUGAAGGAUCUCAAGGAGGACUACCGCCUCUUCAAAGCCUUGGAUGCGGACAAGUCGGGGCAGCUGGAUCAAGAAGAGCUCAAGCUUGGCUUGGCCAAGUUGGGCGUCCGACAGGACCCCAGCUGGAUCAUGGCGGCCAUGGAUUUGGAUCAGGAGCCGGACUCGUUGCGCUUGAUUCGAAACGAGUCUUUUCUGUUUUUCUCCGAAUAA